ACGGGGGGGGGGGGGGCGAAAAGUUGGCAAGGCAAAAAGUAAAAGAUAGUUGCGGAGAGACUUCACUUGUUUGGCUCAGGUUCUUUAGAUCGGUUUAUGAUAUCCAACCGGUUUUGGAUGAACUUUAGUUUUAGAUGUUGGGAUUUGGAGGUUUUACUGAUAUGUUCUCUGAGAUUUCUGUUCCAAAAACUGAAAACUUUUUAGAUCUGAUUUCAACUUCGACUGUUGUUUAGUUUUGUUCGGCUCCGGUUUCUUAAGGACAUGUGAAGAUAUAUAUAAAGGUGGGUAGUAAUCUUUGAGAGGAGGAGACAAGAAGAGACAUGGAGGAGGCAGGUCCGCAGGUGGCGUCUCCCAUUUUCAUACACCAGCAAACAUUGCCUGGUCCGUUUUCAUUGUCCAAGAAGCGUGAUUUGCCUAAUAUUCAGGCACCGCAGCGAAUGAUGACACCAACACCAGGGCUUCAAAAUCCUGUCAUGGACAACUGGAACCCCAACGUUUGGGGUUGGGACAGCUUCGGAUUCGUGGCAAAGCCCGUGGACCUGCGGUUGGGUACUCCGCGUACUACAACGACGACGACUGCGGAGAAGAACAAGCCUUUGGAGGAAGAAGACGAGAGCCUUAUGCUGAAUCUUGGCGGCGGCUUGAAGUUCGUCGAAGAGGAUUCCGAGCCCCCGUCAAGAUCAAACAAAAGGGUUCGGUCCGGAUCUCCCGGUAGCGGCGGCAACUAUCCUAUGUGUCAGGUCGAUAACUGCAAGGAGGAUCUGUCAAACGCAAAGGACUAUCACCGUCGACACAAAGUGUGUGAGAUUCACAGCAAAUCUAGUAAAGCCCUCGUUGCCAACCAGAUGCAGAGGUUCUGUCAGCAGUGCAGCAGGUUUCAUCCCCUUUCCGAGUUUGAUGAGGGUAAGAGGAGCUGUAGGCGUAGACUUGCUGGGCAUAAUCGCCGACGGAGGAAAACCCAACCCGAGGAUGUCGCCUCACGGCUUUUACUACCUGGAAGGGACAACAAUGCAAGCACUGCAAAUUUAGAUAUUGUCAACUUGUUGGCUGCUAUAGCUCGCGCACAAGGGAAAAAUGAAGACAAAACAAUAAAUUGCUCAUCGGUACCAGAUAGAGACCAUCUUGUUCAGAUUCUUAGUAAGAUAAACUCAUUAUCUUUGCCCACGGACCUUGCCGCAAAGUUGCCCAAUUUAGCAAGUUUGACUAGUAAAUUACCUGGUCAUGCUUCUCUGGAGCAUCAGAUCAAGCUGAAUGGAAACACAUCUUCUCCUUCAACAAUGGACUUGCUUACUGUUCUUUCGGCUACCCCAGCAACACCUACUCCUGAUGCUACCACAAUAUUAUCACAAAAGAGCAGCCAGAGCAGUGACAGUGAGAAAACUAAGGUUACUUACGCUGACCAAGCCACACCUCCUAAUCUGCAAAAGAGACCUCCUCUAGAGUUUCCUUCUGUUGGAGGAGAUAGAAGUAGCAGCAGUUACCAGUCUCCUAUGGAAGAUUCUGAUGGUCAGGUUCAAGAUGCCCGUGUUAAUUUACCUUUGCAGCUGUUUGGCUCCUCAACCGAGGAUGAUAGCCUGACAAAACUGGCAUCUUCUAUGAAGUAUUUCUCAUCUGACAGCAGUAAUCCCAUUGAAGAGAGGUCUCCAUCGUCUUCUCCUGUGCAAAAUCUGUUCCCAAUGCGAACCAAAACAGAAACUAUGAAGCCCGAAAAGAUAACAAUCGGUAGAGGUCUUAAUGCAAAUAUUGUAGCUAGCAGAACUGCUGAUUGUAAUAGGCCUUUUGAUCUGUUCAGAGGAUCUAAUACAGGAGCUGAACCUGGUUCGUUUCAAAGCUUUCCCUACCAAGCUGGGUAUGCUUCUUCCGGAUCUGAUCAUUCACCUUCUAGUCUGAAUUCUGAUGCUCAGGAUCGCACUGGUCGAAUAAUCUUCAAACUGUUUGACAAGGAUCCCAGUCAUUUUCCGGUGACACUGCGGACAGAGAUAUACCAUUGGCUAUCUAACCGUCCAUCAGAAAUGGAGAGCUUCAUAAGACCCGGUUGCGUGGUUCUAUCAAUUUACGUAUCUAUGUCAUCUGCUGCCUGGGAGCAACUUGAACAAAACCUUCUUGAGCGUGUCAAUGCUUUGGUUGAGUCUUCAGAUUCUGAUUUUUGGAGAAGCGGGAGAUUUAUUGUUCACACAGGCAGGCAAUUAGCGUCACAUAAAGAUGGAAAGAUCCGGUUAUGCAAAUCCUGGAGAACAUGGAGUUCCCCAGAGUUGAUUUUGGUGUCCCCUUUGGCAGUUGUGGGUGGGCAAGAAACCCCUCUACUUUUAAAGGGUAGAAAUCUGUCUAAUCCUGGAGCCAAGAUUCAUUGUACUUCCAUGGGUGGUUACAUAUCAAAGGAAAUUACUGAAUCUACCUGCCAAAGAACAUCUUGUGAUGAGAUAAACUUGGUCGGUUUUAAAAUUCAAUCUGAAGCGCCUGGAGUUAUUGGUCGCUGUUUCAUUGAGGUAGAAAACGGUUUCAAGGGCAGUUGUUUUCCUGUCAUAAUAGCUGAUUCAAUCAUUUGUGAGGAAUUGAGGCUUCUCGAGUCGGAGUUUGAUUUGGAGCCAAAAGAAUAUAAUGUCGUUAUGGAAGACAAUAAAUAUGAUUUUGGGCGGCCAAAGUCAAGGGAGGAAGUUUUGCACUUCUUGAAUGAACUUGGAUGGCUAUUCCAAAGGAAAGGGAACACUUCCAUGCUUGGGGGCCCUGAUUAUUCGCUUAGCCGGCUCAGAUUUUUACUCACAUUCUCUGUUGAAAGGGACUGUUGUGCUUUGGUCAGAGCAAUCCUAGACAUACUGGUUGAAAGAAACUUGGAUGGGGAUGAGCUGUCACGGGAGUCCUUGGAGACACUAUCUGAGAUUCAGCUCUUAAACCGAGCAGUUAAAAGGAGGUGCAGGAAGAUGGUUAAUAUGCUCAUCAAUUAUUUUAUUAUUAGCAGCAAGGAUGCCUCGAGGAAAUAUAUUUUUCUACCAAAUGUUGUUGGACCUGGUGGUGUUACACCUCUACAUUUGGCUGCCUGUACUUCUGGUUCGGAUGAUCUGAUAGAUGCUUUGACAAGUGAUCCACAGGAGAUUGGAUUGAACUGCUGGACUUCCCUUCUGGAUUCAAGUGGGCAGUCACCAUAUGCUUAUGCUAUGAUGCGGAGUAAUCACUCUUACAACAAGCUGGUGGCUCGUAAACUCACUGACAGAGAGAAUGGCCAAGUUUCGGUGACGGUAAUGAGCGAAAUAGAGCAAUCACAGUUGGCAUUGGAGCAAGAGCAUAGGAUAAUUACCCAAUUCAAACAAGGGCCCAGAUCUUGUGUAAGCUGUGCAGUUGUUGCAAGAAAGUACAACAUGAGGGUUCCAGCUUCACAAGGCUUGCUUCAACGUCCCUUCAUUAAUUCAAUGCUUGCAAUAGCUGCUGUGUGUGUUUGUGUCUGCUUAUUCUUGCGAGGCUCCCCAGACAUUGGCUCGGUUGCUCCCUUCAAGUGGGAGAAUUUGGAUUUUGGCACAAUGUAGGGUUAACGGGAAAGAAUUUUGGAUAAAGGAAAUGAAACGACUGGGUCAGAUGAAUGCAAGUUGAUUUUGAUUCAGAUAUCUACUUCGGCAUUGGUUAAGUUGAUUUUUGGAACGGAAAACGAUUUAUAAACAGAUUGCUUUUUGGAAAGGGGCGUAGGGGGAUUGGGCAGGAGCUGUGAAGAAAACCCCAAGAGGCUAGGAAGUUGUGACAGCUUCAGGUAUGGCAUGAUUCAGAUGCUGGACAUAUCUUCCUAACAAUUCAAGAUUCGGGAUGUUGUAGAUUUGGAACUUUUUUUUAGCUGAUUUGUGCUGGAAAAUAGGUGGUUUAGUUGUGGUUUAGUUUUUGACUUUGGAAUUUAGAGAUAAUCGGCGGUUGAACACCCGAAAGCAUGACCCCCCCACUGGUUGAGACAAAACCAAGGGGAAGGGGCAUAAUUUGCAAAGAUAGCAAGGUGUUGGAGACCCCAGAAGGAGAAAAAAGAGAAGUUGAGAGAAUGCGAGCAUGUAUAGUGUCAAAAGAGGUGUAAUUUGGUUAAUCUUGUGUUCGUUUAUUUUCCACUUUUUAUUCCUUGACAAGUCAUGGAUCAUAAUUCUAGGUUUUACAUUUGUAACAUUUUGUCACUAUAAAGUUGAUCAGUCUGAUCAAUCACAAUACGAUAUAUAUCAUAUGAUGCGGUAUUGAAAUAUUUGUUGAGGCAUAUUUAAAAUAAGCACUUCGGUA